GCCACAAGAAGCUACUGGGAACAAAGGGCCUAGUUACAAGGAACGCUACUGGGAGCAGUAGCACGGUAGCAGCAACCAUGUGACUUGAGUGGCAUCACUUGGUUUUGGUGUUCCUGGAUGAACCGGACCCACCCCCAUUGUGAGUUGUCCGUCGCCAUUUGGAGCUAUUUUCUUGAGAGCCAUUGAGCCUCUCUUUUGAUUACAAUGGAGACACCGCAGAAGAGGAAGGCAUCUGAAGUUUGUGAGUCGCCUGAGAAGAAGGUCUUUCGAUGUCGGCGACAACAUCAAGCAGAACCUCCAGUGCCCUUGCUUGGUUUAGCCUCUUGGAAGCUGCUUUUGCUAGCUGUCACUUCGCUCCUUCUGCAUUGCUUUAGCUGCUGCUUUUGCUGUGUGCAUGUUGCAGUGUUUGCGUUUGUUUCCUCAUUGCUUUUUGUUCCUUGUGUCCUUCUUUUUGUUAGGGCACGGUGCCUGUGCAUUUUCUAAAAAGGAGCAAGAGAGCAGAUCCCCAAUGUGCAAUUUUAUGUCAAAGGGACUUCUUCUCAAAGGGUAAGUUAAGAGAUAUAUAUAUAUAGUGUGUGUGCAGUGUGAUAUAUGAUAUACGGGACACGUGUUUAUGUUACAUAUACCAUGUGUUUAUACCUACAUACAGUUGGGUGUUGCAUUGGGUCCUUUAGGGACUAGCGUUUUAGUUUUUCAGUAUGCUCAGAAACUAGGUUGCUAAACCCAAGAACUCAAUGCCUGGAAAGUUUGCAGAGAAGCUGCGCUUGGGUACGAGAGUGCGUUCGACAAGCUACGCCAAUUGCAGAUUGCCGGGUCCACAGUGCUCAAGUGUGAAAGUGAAGGGGUGCCAGAUGAAGUUUUGUUUUGCCACUUGUGCGGUGCUAAGAAGCAUCACUGUGCAUGGCUGUACCGUGAAAACAUGGGCGGCAAGCGCAGGUGGAAUAUUCGAUUAUUCUUUUUGCCCGGGUACUGUACUCGUGCGCUGAUGCCGUUGGAUCAGAACGCUCAUCAAAGCAUGGCAGCCAGCUGGAAACAGUUCAAGCAAGAUUGGUGCAAAAAGAACGAACCACUGUCCUUGAUGGUGGCUUUGAGAGCCAUACAUGAGUUCACCAAACGCGCGCUGUCGCCUGAGAUGGCGAAAGCGUCAUGGAAAAGGAUUGGAUGUGAGUCCGGAAUGCAAUGGAACAGAGACAUGCUAUUGGUGAACAGAGCAGAGGAAGUUUUCAGCGCAAGGCGAGAUGCGCCGCGGCUUGGAGAUGCUGCAGAGUCUUCUGCCCUCACAGCUUUCCAGAGAGUCAGCCCAAGCAAAACCAAAUGCAGCAAGCAAGGUUGCGGACAGUUCUUAGACACCUCCAUGCGCGUGUGCUGGAAUUGCGCUGAGCCGAAUGCAAGUUUUGAUCCAGACAGCUUCGCUAUCCACAAGAGAGGCUUCCGGUCUGGCUGGAAGCAGAAUCCUGAAGCCAAACUCAAGAAAGUAGAGGCGAAGGAUGAAAAAAUUUUGGGACAAGUUACCGAUUUGAUGAAAGAGUUGAAAAGCAGAGUUCGCAAACAAGAAGCCAUGGAAAAUCCAGCAAAGCAAGCUGGAGAAGAGAAAGACACGGCCAUGCCGGCGCAAGAGAAGCAAGCUGCUUUGGGAGAAGCAGUGGAGAAAGGAGAUGAUGUGGAGGAAGAGGAUCCUGAAUGGAAUUUGAAUGACCCUGCAGAUGUUUUGGACAUGCUGGAAUCCAGCUUUCCAGCGGCAGAUGUCGAAAAAGCCGGCUACACAUUGAACAUGUUCACCAAAAUCUGCGAGCAUUAUUUACAAUUUUUGAAGCAAAAGGUGCCAAAGGCGCCGCUUGCACAUUGGAUCAAGAAGGAUUUAGACGCAGGGAUCCUAAAAAACAGGACAGAAAGGAUCCAGUGGUUGCAGACCUAUGGAAAGCAUAGGUCUUUGCAAUACAUGGCCAAGCCACCGAAAGCAGCGUAGGAAAGCUAAAAGGCAAGAAGUGUGUCCGUGCCCUGGGAGUCUAUCCAUGUUCACAUGUUCACAGUUCA